AUGGGCAAACUGCUCGCGCUCGAGCUCUACAACUUCAAGUCCUACAAGGGCCACCAUGUCCUGCAGUUCGGAGACAGCUACUUCACGUCAAUCAUUGGCCCCAAUGGCUCUGGGAAGUCUAAUUCAAUGGACGCGAUCUCGUUCGUGCUCGGCAUCAAGUCAUCUCAUUUGAGAUCGCAGCACCUCAAGGACUUGGUCUACCGUGGUCGCGUGCUGAAACACUCCAAGAUCAAUGCUGAUGGCACUGCGACGGACGAUGCACAGAAUGGCCAUACGAAUGGAGAUGUCAAUGGCGAUGCUGAGCAAGGCGCAGAUGAGGACGACAUGGAGGAUGGAACACAGACCAGCAGCCGCAAUGAUCCCCAGACCGCGUGGGUGAUGGCUGUCUACGAGGACGACGCUGGUGAGGAACAGCGGUGGAAGCGCAGCAUCACUUCGAAUGGCCAGUCGGAGUAUCGCAUCAACAACCGGAUCGUAUCAGCGAAAGCCUAUAAUGAAUCACUCGAGGCGGAGAACAUCCUUAUCAAGGCGCGCAACUUCCUUGUCUUCCAGGGUGAUGUCGAAGCCAUCGCAGCACAGUCACCAAAAGACCUCACAAACCUGAUCGAGCAAAUCAGCGGCUCACUGGACUACAAGAAAGACUAUGAGCGACUCAAAGUUGAGAAAGAACAGGCUGAUGAGGAACAAGCCUACAAGCUCACUCAAAGGCGAGGUAUCAACGGGGAGAUCAAGCAGUAUAGAGAGCAGAAGGACGAGCUGGACAAAUACGAGCAGACGCGAGAUGAGAAGGAUGCGGCCGUCACUACCCACAUCCUCUGGAAGCUGUUCCACUUCCAGCGGACCAUCGAAGACAGCACAGCAGAAAUUCAGAAACAUCAAGCGGAGCUCAAAGAGUUCAGACGCAAUGUACAGAAAUACUCGGACAGACUGGAAGCAGUGAAAGCCGACCAGGCCAAAGUUGGGCGUGAGGUCAAUAAAUGCGAACGCGAGAUCAAACGAAAGGGAAAGGAAGCGGAAGAGAAGGAGAAUGAGCUCGUGCCCGUGGACGAGAAGCUCUCUAUAUCCACUGCGAACCUGGAAAAGUUCAAAUCGCGCAUUCAAGGCAUCACCAAAGAGCGGGAUGAACAGCGCCAAAUGGCAGACAAGCUUCAGAAAGAUCUCGACAAAGUACAGACUGCUCAGCAACGAUGGGAGAAAGAGUGGCGGGCGCAGCAGCAGAAGGCGGGACGAGCGUUGAACGACCAGGACCGCAAGGAGCUUGAAAAUCUGCGGAAAGAGGUCUACAAGCGCACUGGUAACGACCAGAAUAAGAUCGACACGAUCACUCGCCAGCUCCGGACAGACGAAGGAACUGUGGCAUCGCUCAAGUCUAGUCUCGACCGCAUGGAAACAAUUGACGCCACUUUGCGUGAAGAAGUCGCGAAUCUUAAAGCCGGCCGGGACGAGACAAAACGCACCAUCAAGUCACUUGGCAAAGACAUCGAGGCGAAAAAGGUUGCGAUCAACGCGCUCAUCAGCGACAGGGAUCGCACGGAACAGAAGCGACGAGAAUUAGACGAGAAACUCCAGCAAGUCCUUCUCAAGCUUGCGGAAGCAGAUGGAUACCAACGGGAAACGCGAAAAGAGACGGAAUUGCGAGAGUUAGUUGGCCAGCUGAAGCGCAUUUAUCCUGGUGUACGCGGCAUACUCGGUCAUCUUUGCAAGCCCAAACAGAAAAAGUAUGAGACAGCAGUCUCAACCGUGCUGGGCCGGCACUUUGACUCUAUCGUUGUUGACUCUGAGAAGACCGCCAGGGACUGCAUUCAGUACCUGAAAGAUCAGAAAACAUCGCACAUCACCUUCAUUCCCCUUGACACGGUCAUCCACAAACCGGCCAAUGCCAACCUUCGAGGUCUGCAUCAGGGUACACGCUUGGCAAUCGACACGAUCGACUACGACACAAAUUACGAGCGGGCUAUGAGCUACGCUUGCGGUAACGCGAUUGUCACCGAUACUCUCACCAUCGCCAAAAACCUCAUCUACAGUCGGAAGGUGGAUGCGAAAGCGGUAACCUUGGAUGGGACAGUCAUACACAAAGGUGGCAACAUGACCGGUGGUGAGGGGUUCGACAAGAAGCGACGGUUCGAAGACGCAGAAGUCGACAAUCUUCGAAAGCUUGCAACUAAACUUAGGGAUGAGAUUGAAGCACUGCCCAAAGGCCACAAGCGUCAAGUUGAAGAAGAGCAAUUGCGUUCCGAUCUCUCAGGACUGGAAGCGAGGCGGAAGCAGGCAGAGGACGAGCACAACGCCUUAGUAGCCAACAUCGAAAGCAAAGCAAAGGAGCUCAAGCACGUGGAAUCACAGGUUGCCGAGAUGCGACCACGAUAUCGAGAUCAAUCCCAGGGCGUCGAUACUCUGCGUCAAUCUCUCGAAGAGCACACAGAGACUGUGGCCGAGGUCGAGGAUGAAGUAUUUGGCACGUUCUGCCAACGACUCGGCUACGACAGCAUCCGCGACUACGAGCAACAACAGGGGGCUUUGCAGGAAGAAGCGGACAAGAAGAAAGACGAAUUUGCACGUCAGGUCUCGCGACUUUCGAACCAGCUCGAAUUUGAGAAGCAAAAGAUACAAUCUACCCAGAACCGGCUGAAGUCCAUAGAGGCAUCUAGCAAGCGCGACGAGGACAUGGUGGCGGCUCUUGAGGCACAAAAGCAAGAAAUCUCAAGCGUGCUCGAGGAGCUCAAUGGAGAAGUUGAGGAGCUGAAUAGUAAUCUUGAUGAGUUCAAGAAGGACUUUGAAGUACGCGGCGAGAAGGUGCAGGAAGCCCGUCGCGAAUUGCAAAAGCGCAGCAAAGGCGAGGAAAAGACCGUCAGAGAGAUAACUGACCUGGAAUCCGAGGUCUCAAAGGCUGCGAAUGGCCGAUUUGUUACGUUGAGGGACUGCAAAGUCAGAAAUGUCGAGCUGCCACUGGAGCAGGGUAGUCGCAAAAUUGACUCGCUGCCAAUGGAUGACCAAGGUCUAGAAGACGAUCAAAACGCCAUGGACAUUGAUGGCAACGAAGGCGCCUCGGCGUUCAAAUUCAACGACUAUGGCAUCCGCAUCGACUUCGAUGAGCUGGAUGACGAUCUCAAAGAAGGCGGCGAAGAAGACGAGGAACCGCUUAUUGACAAGAUCAAUAAUCUUCAGUCCGCGCUAGACAAGAUGGCACCCAACAUGCGCUCCGCAGAGCGCCUUGAGGCUACCUCCGCAAGACUUGCUGCUACCGAUAAGGAGUUCAAUGAUUCACGCUCGGCUGCCAAAGCUGCUAAUAAGGCCUUUGAGGAGAUGCGACAGAAGCGAAUGGAUCUCUUCAACAAAGCCUUCACCCAUAUCUCGGAACAGAUCGGUCCAGUCUAUCGUGAGCUCACCAAAACACAGUCGUUUCCACUAGGAGGCUCUGCCUCUCUCGACGUCGAGGAUGAAGACGAGCCGUACCUGAGUGGCGUAAAGUACCACGCGAUGCCACCACUCAAGCGCUUCCGUGACAUGGAACAUUUAUCUGGCGGUGAGAAGACGAUGGCGGCAUUAGCGCUGCUCUUUGCGGUCCAUACCUAUGCACCCAGUCCAUUCUUUGUGCUCGACGAGGUCGACGCUGCGCUAGACCACGCAAACACAACGCAGCUCGCGCAGUACGUGAGGGAGCACGCCGGCCCAGGCAUGCAAUUCGUUGUUAUCUCGCUCAAAACGGGGCUGUUCCAAAACAGCGAGACCCUCGUGGGUAUCAUGAGGGACCAGGCAGUCAACAGCUCUAGGGCAUUGACUCUCGAUGUAAGUGAACACCGCCGUUUCGAAAAUCUUGGCAUGAAGCUGACACACUCCACAGCUGAGAAAGUACCAGACUGUUUGAUCGCAGUCGCAACGCUCGAUGAUAUGCUCUUGGUAUCGUUGAUGUGUCCGCUACAUCCUGCGGAAGUAAUCGGACUCGUUCCUCUAGCGACUUGCCUUGCCAAACAGCUGCUCAAGGAGGAGGUUCAGCACGGACCUAUGUAGCUCUCUCAUGCAAGCACGAACUGAAGAUCUUUGAAGCAUUGACCUCUCUUCACGUGCUCUCUUCACAUGUUCUCUCAGACUUGUGUGGCCUCUCGUGGAUGUGUUGGCUUAGCUUUUGCGACCAGGAACAGCCCUGGAAAACUGCGGCUCACCUAUUUAGCCUGAAUCAUGCGGAUUCCUAUCGGGGCUGAGCAGCUUGUGGCAUUGUGGCAUCAGCGGAUCCACUCAAAAGUUCCGCCGGACAUCACCGCAGCGGAAUCCUCCAAUGGUUGAAGCAUAUGCAACAGCAAUUCUGGAAAUUUGUCACUUUGACAACCCGAACAACAACAACACUACUCUCCGUUCAAUAAUAGUACUUCGCGGCUAGAAUGGCUACCGGUGGGCCGUUGUACAUGGCAAGUUCUGCUCACCUUCUGAAAAUUGAUGCCGUUCUGACAGCACGCAGGGCUUCGACCUAUCAACACAACAGCUGAAAGGUGAGCAGACCAAUUCGACGCUGGCAACAACCUCACUGACCUAAGUCCAGGUAUUGUCGUCGACUCAAAUCUCAAAUUGGUCUACGAAGCCAAGGUCGACUUCGACCGAGAUUUGAAAAAGUAUGGAAUCGAGAAAGGCGUUCUCACGAAUCCGUCGGAAGGGGAGGUCUUUGCGCCGCCGGCGAUGUGGCUCGAAGCUGUGGAUCUGGUGCUCGAUGAAUUGAAGAAAGGUGGCUUGAACUUCAGCUUGGUGAAGGGCAUCUCAGGGGCCGGCAUGCAGCAUGGGACCGUGUUCUGGUCGGAGGACGCGGAAGCCUUACUUUCCAGUCUCGAUGCCAGCAAGCGUCUCGUGGAUCAACUGGAGCCUGGCAGCAAAGGGGAAAGGAGAGGAGCCUUUGCACACCCGAUGAGCCCUAAUUGGCAGGAUGCAUCCACUCAACAGCAGUGCGACGCCUUCGACGUUGAGCUCGGCGAUCCAGAGACUCUCGCUAGAGUGACCGGCAGCAAGGCACAUCACCGGUUUAGUGGACCGCAGAUCCUUCGAUAUCGCACCAAGUACCCGUCUCAUUACGAGCAGACGGCGAGGAUCUCACUAGUAUCCUCGUUCCUGGCCACUGUAUUUUUGGGCAAGAUCGCUCCCAUCGACAUCAGCGACGUUACUGGUAUGAACUUGUGGGACAUCAAUAGAGGCGUCUGGCAUGACCAAUUGCUUGCUCUUGCAGCAGGUUCCUCAGAAGCGGUUCCUGAGCUUAAGAAGAAACUCGGGCAUGUGCCAGAGGAUGGCGGAGAAGCAUUGGGCGCGAUCAGCAGGUACUUUGUCGGUCGGUACGGCUUCGCCGAGGACUGCAAAAUCAUUCCCUUUACCGGCGACAACCCGUCCACGAUUCUGGCGUUACCUCUACGUCCCUCGGACGCCAUGGUGUCUCUUGGCACUAGCACCACCUUUCUCAUGUCCACCCCCGAGUACCGACCGGACCCGGCGUACCACUUCAUGAACCACCCAACAACCGCUGGGCUAUAUAUGUUUAUGCUGUGCUACAAGAACGGCGGUCUGGCCCGUGAGCAGAUCCGCGACACUUUGCGCGGACAGCCAACUUCCAGCUGGGAUCAAUUCAACGACACCGCGACAUCGACUCCACCGCUGUCACAGAAGUCAGACACGGGUGAGAUGAGGAUGGGCCUUUACUUCCCUCGGCCUGAGAUCGUACCAAAUCUCCCAUCGGGCCAAUGGCGAUACUCUUACGAUCCAGAGAAAGACGAACUGAGCAAUGCGCCCUCCGAGCUGAUCGCAGAUGACGCGCGGAACAUCAUUGAGUCGCAGAUGCUGUCUCUGCGCCUGCGGUCGCAUAGCCUCGUAAAACCGGAACAGGACCCCAGGACUGGCGAACAACUGCCCGCCCAGCCUCGGCGCGUCUAUCUGGUGGGGGGUGGCUCCGCGAAUCCAGCCAUUGCCAAAAUCUGCGGCGAAGUGCUGGGUUCCGUAGAGGGGGUGUAUAAGCUUGAUAUCGGAGGCAAUGCGUGUGCUCUCGGAGGUGCCUACAAGGCCGUCUGGGGGUGUGAGCGAAAAGCAGGACAGACUUUUGAGAGUUUGAUCUCGGAUCGGUGGGACGAAGAUGCCUUUGUCAAGCGAAUUGCGGAGGGCUACACCAAAGGUGUUUUUGAAAAGUAUGGAGAGGCAGUGAGAGGCUUCGAUCAGAUGGAGAAGCUUGCUCUGAAGCAGCAGUCUAAGCAGAAAUAG